UUUUUUUUUAUUCAUUCAAUCCAUAAAUUUUUAUUUAAAAUACAGGUUUCUAAUACUUUUUUUUUUUCUUUUUUUAAAAAAUAAGAUAUAAUAAAAAUAAGACUAUGGCUGAAGAAGUUCCAGAAGUUCCUCUUGUCCUCGUAUCAAACCCUUAUUUAGAUAAGAAAGCAGCUUCAGUCAGACAAAAGCCUAUCCUUUGGGAGGGAUAUGAACGCGCUAGUUUGUUAACUCAUGAACAAGUUGAAGUUAUAAAAGCAAUUGACAAAAAGUCACUCACUGCUAUUCAAGAUGCAAUUAACGAAAAAGGACAAACAUAUGCCUCUCUUAUCAUGUAUUUGUUACAGAACUUAUCAAGACCUGACACUAUUCAAUAUGUUUGUUUAAUAACAGAUGAUAUUCUUUCAGCUAAGGAGGAGAAUGCUCGCUAUUUUCAUGAGACUUCAAAGGAGAACCCUUCUUUUCCAUUCGGUCCUUUUUUUAAAUAUCUCGAAGCUGAUGAAGAAUUUAUGUCUCUCGAAGUUUCAAAAGUCUUGACAAUUCUUGCUUGCUCUGCACCUUCACCAUCUCAAGUCGACAUUUCUCCUUUAUUAAAUUGGAUCACUAGGAAAUUAACAGGCUCUAUUAAUGAUGUUGUUAAUCUAGUCAUUCAAGAAUUAGAAUCAAUAUUGCGUGUCAGUGCUUAUCGUUCAGCUGUUUGGAAUACACAAAAUUGUGUUAAAGAAUUAGUUCAUCGCCUUUUCUUGAAUAAAUCUGCUUCUACUCCUCAGAUCCAAUAUCAAAUUAUCUUUUGCUUAUGGCUUCUUACUUUUGAAAAAGAAUUUGCCGCUACUAUCAAUGAAAAAUAUGAUAUCAUUCCUUUAUUGAUAGAAAUUGCAAAAUCUGCUGUUAAAGAAAAGGUUAUACGUGUUUCAAUUGCUACAUUAAAGAAUCUUGUCGAAAAAGCUCCUGCACAGAACUUAGCUGCUAUGUUAGUUGCUAAAUUAUUGCCAUUUACUGAGAACCUAAGUACACGUAAAUGGUCAGAUGCAGAUAUUUUAGAAGAUAUUAAUUAUCUAAAGGAACGAUUAGAAGAAGAUUUCCAGAGCCUUACCACCUUUGAACAAUACGCAUCUGAAGUUGAAACAGGCAAAUUAGAAUGGUCUCCACCUCAUCGAUCUGAAGUAUUUUGGAAAGAAAAUGCACAUAAAUUCGAAGAACAUAAUUAUCAAUUACUCAGAAGUCUUGCACGUCUUUUAAGUACAUCUAAUAGUUCUUUAGUUUUAUCUGUUGCUGCCAGUGAUAUUGGCUAUUAUAUUAAAUAUGCUAGUAAAUCAGGCAAAAAUGUUUUGCAAGACAUUGGUGCCAAACAACGUAUUAUGGAGCUUAUGACACAUGAAGAUCAAGAAGUCAGAUAUCAGGCUCUUUUGGCUGUUCAAAAGUAUAUGCAUCAAGUAUGGUAAUACAUGUAUAUGAAUAUUUAAAAAAAAAUUAUAAAGUUUGUACUUUAUCUAUUAUAAACGUAAAAAAAAAA